CUAAUUACAUUCUGCUCACAUAAUUAAUCUCUCAGAAAGUCAAUAAUAGAAUUUUACCGUCAUGGGUUCAUUGUCUUCAGCUGAAUAUGACUUGUCAUUUAAGAUAUUGUUGAUUGGUGAUUCUGGUGUCGGUAAAAGUAGUCUUCUCCUAAGCUUUGUUUCAAAUUCUCUCGAGGACAUGUCUCCUACUAUAGGAGUUGACUUCAAAAUCAAGCAACUUACAGUUGGUGGAAAGAGAUUAAAGCUUACAAUUUGGGACACGGCGGGACAGGAGCGAUUCAGGACACUGACAAGCUCUUAUUACCGAGGAGCACAAGGCAUUAUACUUGCUUAUGAUGUUACAAGGAGAGAUACAUUCACAAGCUUGUCAGACAUAUGGGCUAAGGAAGUCGAGCGUUACUCCACUAAUCAAGAUUGUGUGAAGAUGCUGAUUGGAAAUAAAGUUGACAAAGACUCUGAAAGAUUUGUAAGCAAGGAAGAAGGCACUGCUCUAGCAAAAGAACUUGGAUGUUUAUUUCUUGAGUGCAGCGCUAGAACUCUAGAAAAUGUACACCAAUGUUUUGAAGAGCUUGCAUUGAAGAUUAUGGAGGUUCCUAGUCUUGUUGAAGAAGGGUCUGCAAUACUAAAGAAAAAUAUACUUGUGCCAAAACCAGAAGACCAACCAAUGCCAAACGACAGUUGUUGCUCAUAGAAGAUGCUUUCUAGUCUCCUAGAGACGGUGAACAAUUUAAACAAUGUAUUGCUAACCAAUUUCAUGUAGCAAGCUUACGAUAUGAUCCUGAUUCCUGAAUGCAUAUGUGAAUCAGUGGGCUCUAUAUAUUUCCCUUUGUAUUAAAAUAAUUAUUGAACUUAAUUCUUUCCUUCC